AUGCCUUCUCCAGUUACGGCCCACGCGGCCAACACCGUCGGGAUCUUGCCCGACGCUAUCUACCCGCAGGACGCGUUCAUCCGCGCGUCCGGUCUCUCUAAGACCCGCCUGCGUGAGGCCCGCUUAGUCGGGCUGCCUUUGCCCACCUUCUGCAUCGGCAAGCGCGUGUUCGUUCGCGGCCGGGAUGCGAUCGAGUGGAUGCCCCAGCUGGCUGAACGGCUCGCCCAACGCGAGACGCCGGCCCCCCACCGCGUGGCAGUAGUGGGAAGCCGGCGUGACUCUGGAGACCUUAUUGUGACACAGGAAGUGCAGCGAGGGCAACAAGCCCACCGCGAACUGGUCGACCCGGCCGCGACGGCUGAGGAACUCAAGCGAUGCGAGGCCAUCAUCGAACGAGGCCUGCAGGCGGCGUACGAAGUCGGCUUGGCUCUCAAAGAAAUUCACGAUCGCAAGCUCUACAAGGUCCGCUACAAGACCUUCGAGAACUACAUCCGCCAUCGCUGGGGUCACAACCGGAAUUGGGGAUACGGCGUGAUGCGUGCGGCCGAGGCGGCCAACUGUAUUCCGCGGGAUACAAAACAGCCCAACUACAAACAGGCACACGCCCUGUCAUACGCGCCAGCCGAGGAUCGGGCGCGCAUUUGGGAGUCGCUGCAGGAAGAGCACGGCGAUGCAGUUACGGCCGACAAGGUACGGGACGCCGUCCACGAUGCCCGCCACGAGAAUGAGCGGUCCGAGGCGGGCGAGGACAUCCCGCCCGCCAGCCCCACCGCGACCACUCCGGGUCCGACCACCAGCUCGCCGCAGCACUUAGACACCGUCGUUCGGCAUAAGGACGACGCAGUUGAUGCGGUGCCGAUCGACAUCCAGCCGCCUGACGUCGAAGUUGACGGCGGUUCGCUCAGCGACGAGGAGGUGCGUGCGAUCCUAGGUGAGGCAGCGGAUUGCGCCCGUCAAUGCGAGGAGCUAGUCCUCAAGCUCCACCAUGAGUGGGAGCGGCGCGGCGGGCCGAGAGGGUUUCUCGAAGGCGUCGCCAAGGAAAACUCGGGCGAAGUCUGGGCCGGCCUGCAGCUCGCCUACGGAAUGCUCGCCUUCAUGGACGGGCUAGACCCCGUUCUGCAGCCGGUCUGCGACGGCGGGAAGGCGGCGAGCCGCCGCGAGCCGUGCCCGGUCUGCGAGAAGCCCGACUGGUGCUGCCUGACCGGACCGGAGGGCGCCAUCGAGGCCGCCGUCUGCAUGAGGGUUCAGUCCAGCAACCCGCGGCCAAAUGGCGGCUGGGCACACAAGCUCCGCGACGAUCCGCUGGCCUACUACGAUCCGCCGAGGCCCCGGCCCGCAACCUCAAAGGCCAAGGAAACCCGGAGCUAUGCGUCGCUCAGCGAGGCCAGCAGCUACUUCGUCAGCAAGUACGGGCAGCCCACCGGCGAGUGGGAGUAUUUCCGCGACGACGACGCCGGCCGCAACGGCAUCGCCUGCGGUGUCGUGCUCCGCUGGGACCCGGCGGGCGAGGACAAGGUUAUUCGCCAGUUCACGCAGGCAGGCGGCACGUGGCAGUGUACGCACAUGCCGGCGCCGAGACCGCUCUACAACCUUCUGGGCGUCGCAGACCGCCCGGGCGAGAUCGUGCUUAUUGUCGAGGGCGAGUCCGCGGCAGACGCGUUAACGUCGGUCGGACUGUUGGCGGUCACGAGCAGCGGCGGCGCCAAGGCCCCGGACAAGACCGACUGGAGCCCCCUGGCUGGCCGCAACGUGGUUGUGUGGGGCGACAACGAUCCGGACGGGCGCGCCUACGUCGAGAAGGUGACGGAGUUGCUGUCGGUAAUCACCAACCCGCCGCGCAUCCGGACGCUGACCGCCCCGGACCUGAUCGACGGAAGCCCCAUGCCCACCAAGGGCGACGCGGUCGACUGGAUCAACAACCACGGCGAUGCGGCCGAGCCCCAGGUAAUCGCCGGGAACCUGCAGGCGAUCAUCGACGCGUCCUCCGAAUGGAAUCCAGACGACGCGGAGCCUGCAGCCGAUGAGGUUCCGCCGGCCGUCACCUAUCAGCUCAUCACCUGUCGGGAGCUGGCCGCCGGAGACUACAAGCUCGAAUACCUCAUCGAGAACGCGAUGGUUGCGGGCCAACCGCUCAUCAUCGCUGGGCAGCAGAAGACCCUUAAGACGUCAUUCAUCAUCGCCGCGGCCAUCGCCCUGGCGACCGCGGGAUACUUUCUCGGCAAGCUGCUUGUAGGUCGCGCCGCCCGCGUGGCGGUAAUGUCCGGUGAGUCUGGGUUGGCGACCAUCCAAGAAACCGCCUUCCGCAUCGCAGCCGCAGCCGGGCAUCACCUAGCGGACAUCGAUAACCUCUUCUGGUCGCCAGACGUCCCCAAGUUUGGCGACCUGGACCACCUCGAAGCGAUCGAGCGGUUUCUCGUGGAGAACAAGAUCGAGGUCUUGUUUAUCGAUCCCGCCUAUCUGUGCCUACCGUCGGCGGACAGCGGCAACCUCAUGGCGCAAGGUGAGCUGCUCCGGGGCAUGGCGGCCAUCUGCCAGCGGCUGGGCGUGACGAUGGUGCUCGCUCAUCACACGAAGAAGAACACUGCCACGCCUGCCGGCGACCCCCCGGAACUGUCCGACAUCGCUUGGGCCGGCUUCGCCGAGUUUGCCCGCCAGUGGUGGCUCAUCGGGCGCCGGGAGAAGUACAAGCCGGGCAGCGGCGAGCACAAGCUGUGGCUGUCCGUGGGGGGCUCUGCGGGCCACUCCGGGCUUUGGGGUGUCGACGUGUCCGAGGGGGUCUACAGCCCGCACACGCCCCGCACGUGGGACGUUGAGGUUCGGCCAAGCUCUGAGGUCUUCGAAGAGAAGGCCGACGACCGCGAGCAACGCAAGCAGGCCAAGGCGGCCGAGCGGAAGGCUGAGCAACUCGAUAGCGAUUGCCGGCAGAUCGUCGCGGUGAUGACGCGGCUGGGGCGGGCGGAAACCAAGAGCGUUAUCAGGGACGCUGCCCAGAUAACCGGGUCACGUGCUAACGCGGCGUUCUGCCACCUCGAAGCCGACGGAACGGUCCGAUCGGCAGAGGUCACCCGAGACAACAACCAGAAAUAUGGGGGGUACGAACUGUGCCAGGAAUGA